GGCUCUCGGCGCUGCGCAGGGUGGCGGGUCAGGUGACCCGAAGGUCUCCGGGGCGAUUUAGGCCGGUGGUAAGGGCCGGGAUCCCAGCAGCCAUGGCGAGUCAGUCGCAGGGGAUUCAGCAGCUGCUGCAGGCCGAGAAACGGGCGGCCGAGAAGGUGUCCGAGGCCCGCAAACGAAAGAACCGGAGGCUGAAGCAGGCCAAAGAAGAAGCCCAGGCUGAGAUUGAACAGUACCGCCUGCAGAGGGAGAAAGAGUUCAAGGCCAAGGAAGCUGCGGCACUGGGGUCCCAUGGGAGCUGUAGCAGUGAAGUGGAGAAGGAGACCCAGGAGAAGAUGACCAUCCUCCAAACCUACUUCCAGCAAAACAGGGAUGAAGUCCUUGAUAACCUCUUGGCCUUUGUGUGUGACAUCCGGCCAGAAGUCCAUGAAAACUACCGCAUAAAUGGAUAGAAGGCAGAUGCCCCUGCUCUGAGCUUGGCAUUGGAAAAUUCCGAAUAGGAAACCUCCAGGAAGCCUGAGCUCUGUACUGAGGAAAGGCUUUGUUAAAUUAUCCCUCUACCUUGUAGUCUGUCCUGUCACUUUGGAGAGUAGCAAAUCCAGCUCUUUGUACAGACUUAGUACUUACCUAAACUUUCAUCUUUUACUUUGUUGUCUUUAAUGAGUAUAUGCUGUUUUCCUACAUGUUCACACAAGCAACGGGUAUCAAUGUUAACUUUUUCUUUUAGUUUAGUUAAAAAAAACUCUUUGAAGAAAGCAAGGGAUUAUAUUGUUCCCUUACACUUUCUUACAGGUCAGGGGCUUUAUCUAUGAAAAAGUAGUAAAUAGUUAUUUGUAAUCUGUAUGAAGCAGCAGCCAGUCUUAAAGCAGUCCAUUCUGGCUAAGGGUUAGACAGUGAAUACUAAAACCGUGUUCUGGCUGCUCCUAGUUUUAUCUUAAUCCAAAUUACUAGAUAAUAGGAUUCAAGAACUUUAACAUGUUGUUUGGUGUAUUGGUAAUCGUUUAAAGUAAAACUUUGUCAUGCAUUUC